AUGGAGUACGUGAAGAAGAAUCAGAAGUCGAAUUCUCACAACACGCAACCAGUUCGAGUAAUUAAUGCAAUUCAUGGUCGGCUAGAACCUGCCAAGGAAUCAGAUGAACUGCUUCGAACACGCCUUCGCCAGGCACGGAUGAAUAGAAGGAUAGGCAGUGUAAACACUCUGUACCAACAGAGCGCAUCAACGCAGAUAAAGUUUGACGCAACAGACUUGUUGCGUGUUCAGAUCCCUCAUGAGGACCCGCUGGUCGUAAGUUUGACAGUGGCCAAAUGCUUGGUGUGCAGAGUUCUAAUUAACCCUGGAAGUAGUGUGAACAUCAUGCCAAGAGAUACAUUCGAUCGGCUCGAGAUUAAACAGGAUCGGCUGAAAUCCACCGGGAAUCCACUAUCAGGGUUUGAUGGAAAGCGAGUGGAGCCCGUCGGCACAGUGGAGGUAGCGGUACAUGCUGCCGAGAGGGUUUUGAUGGAAACCUUUGUAGUUGUUGAAAUUUAUCCCUCUUACAAUCUUCUGAUGGGUAGAGGGUGGAUCCAUAGAGUUCAAGGUGUUCCUUCCACUCUGCAUCAGGAGCCUCCCUCCAAGCAGAAUGGAGAGGAGGAACCAGUAGGCUUGACUGAAGAACCCCUGUUUGAUGUGCAGAUCGAUCAGUUCUGA